CACACUUCACAAGCCACCAUGUUGAAGGCACUCGUAGCUGCUGCCCUCGUGGCUCUUGUCGCAGCCGACGGCAUUCCAGACUUUGUAGCUCCUGGAAAUUGUGCCAAAGUGGCAAAUCAAGACAACUUCGACCUUCGCAGAUAUGCUGGUCGCUGGUAUCAGGUCCAGAUCAUCGACAACGCCUACCAGCCAUACACUCGCUGCAUCCACUCCAACUACGACUACUCUGACUCUAUCCACGGCUUUAAGUGACCACAGCUGGAUUCAGCCCCAACAACGAGUACCUCAGACUGCAGGGCAAGAUCUACCCCACAAAGGACUUCCCACUGCCCACAUGCUCAUUGAUUUCCCUACCG